UCCUGCAUCAUGAGUGUGGACGAAGACACCCGCUGGCUGGAGUGGGUUACCAAACAAUUUGAGAGCAUUGCUGGAGAUGACAAAGAGAUUGAUCUCUGUGAAUUUAAAACUGCUCUCAAAGUCAAAGAGUCGUUCUUCGCUGAGCGUUUCUUUGCCUUAUUUGACUCGGACGGCAGCGGGUCCAUCAGUCUGGAUGAGCUGCUGAAAGCUCUGGACCUCCUGAUCCACGGCACUGAGACCGACAAGCUCCGCUUCCUGUUCCAGGUGUACGACGUGGACGGCAGUGGCUCCAUUGAUCCAGACGAGCUGAGAACGGUUCUGAAGUCGUGUCUGAGUGAAAGUGCCAUCUCUCUGCCAGAAGAGAAGCUGGAUGACUUGACUCUGGUUCUUUUUGAGUCCGCUGAUACAGACAACAGCGGCUCCAUCACUUUUGAGGAGCUCAAAGAGGAGCUGGAGAGUUUCCCAGAGGUGAUGGAGAACCUCACCAUCAGUGCUGCUAACUGGCUAAAGCCUCCAGAUCUGGACCAAAACAAGCAUCAGACCCCUCGGUACCUGACCCGAGCCUACUGGCAGAAUAACAGUCGGAAGCUUCUGUUUUUGUUCGGAUACGGCGUCCUCAACCUGCUGCUCUUCAUUGUCGCCAUGCUGCGGCACAGCUACGGCGGGGCCUGGCUCAUGGUGGCCAGAGGCUGCGGCCAGUGUCUGAACUUCAACUGCACCUUCGUUGUGGUGUUGAUGUUGCGCAGGUGUUUAACUUGGCUAAGAGCUACCUGGGUGGUGCGAGUCUUACCUCUGGACCAGAACAUCCUGCUGCAUCAGAUCGUCGGCUACGCCAUCUUUUUCUUCUCACUGGGGCACACCAUCGCACACGUUGCCAACUUUGCCAAGAUGUCACAGAACAGUGAGUUCCUGCUGUGGGAGUACCUGCUGACAACACGACCCAUGAUAGGUUGGGUGAGGGGGACGGCGUCGGUGACGGGGGUGGUGCUGCUGCUCCUGAUCUGCCUCAUGGUGCUCUGCUCCAGCACUUUUGUGCGACGCAGCGGACACUUUGAGGUGUUCUAUUGGUCUCACCUGUCCUACAUCUGGGUCUUGAUCCUGCUCAUUAUCCACUGUGCAAACUUCUGGAAGUGGUUUGUGGUUCCAGGUCUGCUCUUCCUGCUGGAGAAGAUUGUGGGAAUCGCCGUGUCCCGCAUGGGCGGUCUCUACAUUGUUGAGGUCAACCUGCUGCCAUCGAAGGUGACCCACCUGGUAAUCAAGCGUCCUCAAUUCUUCCAUUUCAAACCUGGAGAUUACAUCUACAUUAACAUCCCAGUGAUAGCCAAGUACGAGUGGCACCCGUUCACCAUCAGCAGCGCUCCAGAACAGACAGACACGCUGUGGCUUCACGUGCGCUCUAUGGGCCAGUGGACCAACCGUCUGUACGAAUAUUUUAGGCAGAUAGAAAGCGACGAGCUCUGCAGUGGAAGAUUGGCCACCAGCUUAAAGAGGCGCAGGCAAAGAACCAAGACAGAGGUUUCAGCAAAGUUUGUAGAGAACCACAGAUUCUGCAACAUCAAGUGUUAUGUAGAUGGACCAUAUGGAACUCCAACUCGACAGAUCUUCACUUCAGAGCACGCCGUCCUGAUUGGAGCAGGAAUCGGAAUCACGCCCUUUGCCUCCAUCCUGCAGAGCAUCAUGUACCGAUAUCGGCUGAGGAAGCAGAACUGUCCGAGCUGCAACUUCUCCUGGUGUGAAAACCUCAAAGACAGCGAUAUGACGCUGCGCAAAGUUGACUUCAUCUGGAUCAACAGAGACCAGAAAUCCUUCGAGUGGUUUGUUAGUUUGCUGACCAAGCUGGAGAUGGACCAGGCUGACGAGGAGCCUGAGGGACGUUUCCUGGAGAUGCACAUGUACAUGACAUCAGCACUCAGCAAGAACGACAUGAAGGCGAUCGGCCUGCAGAUGGCGCUCGACCUCCUGGCCAAGAAAGAGAAGCGAGACUCCAUCACGGGGCUGAGGACCAGAACCCAGCCAGGACGGCCAGAAUGGGGGAAGGUCUUCCAGAAACUGUCUAAAGAGAAUAAAGGCAAAGUUCAUGUGUUUUACUGCGGGGCUCCGUCUCUGGCGAAGGUCAUCAAGGCUCAGUGUGAACGCUUUGGCUUCAACUUCUACAAAGAGAACUUCUAAACAUGUCUCUGCUGCUACAACGUCUGUGUGUGUGUAAGUCCUGAGUAAGUAAAUGCUUAAAGUCCCACUCUGAUCAUCUUUUGAUAUAUAUUCAGUGUUUACAGAAGUCUUUUAAUCGUAUUUAUGCUGUUUUUAGCCAAAAAUAAUAAUUUAAAAAAUCUGUCCAUUUCUAGAGAAUAGUUUCAGCAGAGCGGCAGGAGUUUAUUAGAAAUUUGUCUGUGAGCAACCCCACCCCCCUUCCUCUCCCUGUAGCGGAGCAGGGAGCUUGUGGCCCGCCCAAUGGCUUUUAUACAUCAAAAAUAAGCUCUUUUAGAAACAGCAUUUUUUUGGCUGCUUCUGAUUCACAUUAAUUUAUCCAUCCAUCCAUUUUCUGAGCCUGUUUUAUACCUUAGGGCAGGGGU